CCUCCCUCGAGAAUGAGAAGCGGUACUGAUUGCGGCGAGGAAGUUUUGGACCUUUCUCGCUGCCGUAGGCUUCUUACACCGCGGCAAGUCCCGACGGGAUCUUUAGCAAGGACCGGCUCAGGAUUUCGAAUGGAGCGGAGUUCGGCGGCAGUAAGCACGGUGAGGCGCCUCCGGAGCCAGGAGCCGCCGCUACACAAUAAUAACCAGCAACAAGGCCGACGGCGGGGACAGCAGCAGCAGCAGCAGGAGCCUCCGAAGCAACUCUGGGAGAAAGAAGAAGAUGAGCGGGACGGCAAGAAAAAGUCGGCAGGGAGAGGCGCGAGCUCCCUCCCGGAGCUGCUGACGGCGCUCGCGCUGCUCCUCUACUUGCUGGGUCUUCGCGGGCUCGUGCAUGUUUCCUUCCAGCAGUUGGUGAACGAGGCGAGCGACCCCGCGGAAUUCAACGCCCCGCGCGCCAGGAAAUAUUUAGAAAAUAUUACUGCAAUUGGUCCGAGAAUUGUUGGAAGUCCAGAAAAUGAAAUUUUCACUGUUGACUACCUCUUGAAACAAGUUAAAGCUAUUGAAAUUAAAAGCAAUCAUGCCCAUACAAUCUCUGUAGAUAUACAGAGGCCAACAGGCACUUUCAGUAUUGACUUUCUUGGAGGAUUCACCAGUUAUUAUGACAAUAUUACUAAUAUUGCUGUUAAACUGGAACCCAGAAGAGGAGCUAAACAUGCUGUGAUGUUGAAUUGUCACUUUGAUUCUUUACCAAAUACUUCAGGUGCUAGUGAUGAUGCUAUCAGCUGUUCUGUAAUGCUUGAAAUACUGCACACGCUUUCAAAAUCGUCUGAAUCUUUGCAACAAUCUGUUAUAUUCCUCUUUAAUGGGGCAGAGGAAAGUAUCUUACAGGCUAGUCAUGGCUUCAUUACACAACACCCGUGGGCCAAAUCAGUGAAAGCAUUUAUUAAUCUAGAGGCUGCUGGAGUAGGAGGGAAAGAACUUGUGUUUCAGACUGGACCUGAAAACCCUUGGCUGGUACAGGCAUACAUCUCUGCUGCUAAGCACCCUUUUGGUUCUAUCGUGGCUCAAGAGGUGUUUCAGAGUGGUGUCAUCCCUGCAGACACAGAUUUCCGUAUUUACAGAGAUUUUGGCAAUGUUCCAGGAAUAGACCUGGCUUUCAUUGAAAAUGGUUACAUCUAUCAUACAAAAUAUGACACGGUGGAUCGAAUUUUGACAGAUUCUAUUCAGAGAGCAGGUGACAAUAUCUUAGCUGUGCUAAAAUACUUAGCAAAGUCAGAUAUAUCAACCAAAUCUCAGGAGUAUCAACACGGAAAUGUUGUCUUCUUUGAUGUUUUUGGCAUGUUUAUUAUGGCUUACCCAGCUCGUGUCGGUGCCAUUAUGAAUUGCAUCAUUGCGUCAGUGGCCAUGCUUUAUCUAAGCAAAAAAGCUCUACAGCCAAGAAAAAGAGCAAUUACUUAUCUGAAGGAAUUUGCCGUUGCUUUAGGCUUUAUAGUGCUUGGUUUCUUUGUCACCUUCAUUGGCAUCCUUCUUGUGGCAAUAUUUAUUUCUCUUAUUGGACAAUCUCUUUGCUGGUAUACCCACUACUAUGUCGCCCAUUUUCUCUACGGAUCUGCAGCGCUGGCUAUACUGAUUUUUGUGCAUACAUUAGCCAAGAAAUUUUAUUAUAAACAUGCAAAUGAACAGUUCCUAGGAGAACUCUUCUUUGAUGUUCCACUUGCACUUUGGUCUAUUUCAGGAUUUCUGCUUACUUACCAAGGACUUUCGUCUGCAUAUGUUUGUGCAAUAUGUGUAGCUUUUCCACUCCUCACAAAACUAAUGACCUAUAAGGAAUUGAAAGAAAAAGGUGCUACAAUGAAAUUUGUAACAGUUUAUCUCCUGGGAAUGUUUAUUCCAUACCUCUAUUUAAUGUACCUUCUCCGGCUUGUAUUUGAAAUCCUAAUUCCCAUUAUGGGGCGCAGUGGUUCUGAAGCUCCACCAGAUGUAGUCAUGGGUAUUUUCGUCCUUGCAAUAUGCAUAUUUCUGUCUUCCUAUUUGCUCAGCUUUAUUUAUCUGUCCAGAAGCACAAAGUUGACCUUAAUAUCUUUGACAACUAUUUUUAUAGUCACAUUUAUCCUUGUUUCCAGUGGAAUCUUCUUCCCUUUCAGUUCGGAUUUGGCAAACCCGAGGCCUAAGCGAAUGCUUCUUCAGCAUUUAAACAGAAGAUUUCAUAGCCUAGAUGGUCACUUGGAAAAAAGUGAUUCUGGAAUAUGGAUGAAUGGGAUGGACUACAGUGGGAUAUCGCUCAUUACACCCCACCUGCCUGAGCUCAACGACUCUAUUGCAGCCACAUGUGAGGAAGGAUCCCCUCUCUGUGGAUUUCCUUGGAUUCUACCCGUGAACUACUUUUUUCGGAAAACAUGGUAUCUUCCUGCACCAGCAAUUACUCCCCAAAACCCUAUUCGCUUUCAGCUUCUUUCUAAAGAGCAAACACAAUGGGAUUCUACAAAGCUAACCUUUGAAGUAAUAGAGGGGAGCGAAAGCGCUGUUUAUUUGUUUAUUUACUGGUACAAUUGCAGAAUGGCAGUAUUCUGCCAGCAAGAUUUUGAAUUGCAGGAAUUCUACAAUACAGCCCUCCAUUUUGAAGUCAGCUGA